AUGGAGGACGGCCGCCGCCGCCGCCGCCGCCGCAAGAGUGCCCAGAGGGAAACCGCGCCGGCAACCAAGAUCGAUGCCCUCACGGACGAUUUUCUCGAGCUCGUGUUCCUGCGCCUCCCCUUGCAUCGCCACCUCGUCUACGCAGCGUGCACGUGCCGGCGCUGGCGCCGCGUGAUCGCGGGCGACGUCGGACGCUUCCUUCUCCGGUUCAUCUCGCUCCGCGGCCUGUCGCCCGCCCACUUCUCCGGCCACUACCGCGUCGACGAGCGCCACCGGCACCCGCGUCCGCCCGGCGGCAACCCCGUCUUCGUCCCCUCCUCCUCGCGGUGGGUGGCCGCCGCCGUCGCGCGGAACCUCGCGCUCGACUUCCUCCCGCGGCCGGGACUGGCGGGCCGCUGCUGGGAGCUCGCCGACUUCUGGGACGGUCUCCUGCUCUUGCUGCUCCUGGACAAGGAGACAACAUGGUCGCCGGCGUAUGCCCUGGUCGUCUGCGAUCCCCUGACGGGGAGCUACAGCACCGUCCCGCUCUCGGCGUGGUUCCAGGGCUGCGGUUGCCUGGGCGCCUUCCUCCUCCACGGCGAGGACGCGGGCGCGCGCAUCAGCCUGUCCAACUUCAGGGUGACGUGCGCGGUCUAUCGCCCUGGGGACGGCGUCGCCAGGGCCUGCGCGUUCUCGUCCGCCGGCGGCGGCCGCUGGACCUCCGGCGCCGCUCGUAGCAGCAUGGCAGUCUAUGGCGACCAGUUCGGGAGCGGCAGGGGUCUGGGCCCCUUCCACUUCGCAGGGAGCACCUACGGGUUCGCCUACUGGACGGUGGGAGACGGCAUCCUUCUCGCUCUGGACAAGAAGGCCGCCGAGUUCUCCUCCUCCGUCGGGCUCGACAAGACGAAGUACGCCGCGCUCGAGGACAAGCGGCACACCGCCGAGUACGCCUACCAGAGCCCGUGGUUCCGAGCAUGCUUAUCCUAG